UAAGUUAUGACUUGAUACUUAGACAAUUUACAGAAUUGCAAUGACAAAGCAAACAAGCACACAAGGGAUUCAAGGCCGUAAAGGACAGCAAAAUUUUCUUCAAUUGAUAAACUACAUUACAAUUGGGGGGCACUACGGCCGUUACAUCACUUGGCUAAAAAUUGAAAAGCUAAUUACAAAAAGUAGCCAAUCAAGCUUCGGGGGCACCUCCAUCUGCGGCCGCCUCAUCGGCCUCAUCAGCUCCCUCUUCGUCCUCAGCUUCUUGGCCGGCAGCAGGUGCAGCACUGGUAGCAUCAUCAAGGAAGUCGAACACAUAACGGCUGAUCGAUCAAUAAUAACACGGAGUAAUAAUAAUAAUAAAGUAUUAGUAAUACGUAGUAAUAACAAUGAAUAAUAAUCACAUGCAUACUAACCAUACAUACAUAAUACACCCAUAUAUGCAUGAAAUGAACACAUGAAUUAUAUACAUAACAUAGUUACGAGACAUACAAAUAUAUAUACGUAAUAAUAAUAUAACUAUGUUACAUACGCACAUCUGCAUAACGGAUGGAUCAAUAGUUUAUACGUAAUAAUAAUACAAUUAAUUACAAGGCAAUAGUGAUAGAAAAGCAACGGAAGUAUUUUGAGAAGUGAUUUUGAAGUUGUUCGAUCUGUGAUAUUUGAGAAGUGAAACUAAGUGUGUUUGGGUAUUAAAUAUUUUAUUUAAACAUUUUCGAGGCAGUUUGAGAAAAUGAGGAAUAUUUUGAGAUAUAUUAAUUCAAGAUAAAAGAAUGAUUUCAUAAAGAGGUAGGCACCUCGGGAGUAUAAACUCUUGUAUCAUAAAGACAUUUUAUGAGUCUUAUUGGCUUUCUAAAGAUCCCAUGGAGUACAUUAUACGAGAAUCUAUUGCAGAUGAGCAAGCCAAUGAAAUGGUGAAUUUAAGUCUCGAAAUGUUGCAAAGCAUAUCUUUACCGAUGCCUAAAACACUUAAAUUUGAAGUUCUUAAUCUUGAAGAUCAAUCCUUGAAUGUCAAAGGAAAAGCACCUGAAGUAGAACUCAAACCACUUCCUUCUACUUUAAAAUAUGCUUUUCUUGGCCCAAAUUCCACUUAUCAUGUCAUUGUGAAUGCUGAUUUGGAUCUUCAACAAGUGGAAAGAAUAUUGCAAGUCUUACGAAGCCAUCGAAGAGUUAUUGGCUACACCAUUGAUGAUAUUGUUGGCAUAAAGGCAUCUUACUGCAUGCACCGCAUUUACUUGGAGGAUGAUCACAAGCCGAGCAUUGAGCACCAAAGACGUCUCAACCCCAACAUAAAAGAUGUUGUUAAAAAAGAAAUUCUUAAAUUGUUGAGUGUUGGUAUCAUUUUCCCCAUUUCGGACAGUAAAUGGGUAAGUCCUAUCCAUGUGGUACCAAAGAAAGGAGGAAUUACUGUUGUAAAGAAUGAAAAAAACGAGCUGAUUCCUACACGAAUAGUCACUGGAUGGCGCAUGUGCAUUGAUUACCGCAAGCUAAACAAGGCAACUCGGAAAGAUCAUUUUCCACUUCCUUUUAUUGAUCAAUUGCUGGAGAGGAUGGCUAAGCACAAAUAUUUCUGCUUUCUUGACGGAUUCUCUGGAUUUUUCCAAAUCCCAAUUCAUCCGGAUGAUCAAGAAAUGACGACAUUUACAUGUCCUUAUGGUACUUUUGCAUAUCGCAGAAUGCCGUUUGGAUUAUGUAAUGCACCAGGAACCUUUCAACGAUGUAUGCUAGCUAUUUUCUCGGAUCUUGUCGAGGAAAUUAUGGAAGUUUUUAUGGAUGAUUUCUCGGUUUAUGGGAUUUCAUUUGAUGAUUGUCUUGAACAUCUUGAUAUAGUGCUGAGCAAAUGUGAAGAAGCAAAUCUUGUCCUCAACUGGGAAAAGUGUCAUUUCAUGGCAACCGAAGGCAUUGUGCUUGGGCACAAAAUUUAUGAAAAGGGCAUUGAAGUAGACCCGACAAAGAUAGAAGUCAUUGAGAAAUUGCCACCCCCUUCUUCCAUCAAGGGGAUUCGCAGUUUUCUUGGUCAUGCGGGAUUUUAUUGACGAUUUAUCAAGGAUUUUUCAAAAAUAUCAAAGCUUUUAACCAAUCUUCUCUCAAAAGACGUGGAGUAUAAUUUUGAUGAAUCUUGUUACACCGCAUUUGUAUUUCUCAAAAUCUUGAUCCAAUUAGGACUAAAACAUAGUCAAUACUCCAACUUAGGACUUAAUGUUUUUAAUUCCCUAAAUGGGACUCCCUAUUACCAUAUUACCCCUAAUGUAUUAAAUCCCUACCUCUUCUGUGUUUGUCUUUCCCGAUCUCUGCCUCCUCUUUCGCGUAGAUCGCCCCAGAUCUCUCCCAUGUCGAUCUGCAGGUCAUCUUCGAUUCCCUCUCCGCUGCCCAGGUCGACUUUUCUCCAGAGAAGGUAGCCAACAUUGGCGGAUGAAGGUGUAGCACUAUUCUCACUAGAGGGCAAGUUCUAGCAUGAUGUGUGCGUUCUUGCCGAGUGUAUGCAACGGCGGUCUCGCCGGUGGCAGCGGCAGCUCCUCACCGGGCAGUGGCGGUGGCGGUCUUGAUGAUGACGACUGGCGCGGAGGGUGUUGUUGGUGUCGGUGGUCUUGAAGCCCUGUUGCAAGGAAUUAUCGAAGGAAGUGCAGGGGCGUUUUUUAUUUUUAUUUCAUUAAGGUCGUAUACGGUGGGCAUACGGAGAGGUAAUAUGCUUCGAGUAGCCCGAUCAAACAGACCUACUUGUGUGCAUGCUUAUAAAUAUACACCUACGCACAACGGAAGAAGGGGAAACGAACAAACGAAUAUAUAACUACUAGAGAAGAGAGAAAGGAGAAGGUGAGGGCUGGACAGAUUGGUCACGUCGUCGAAGCCGAAGGGAAAAGGGAGGAGCGCCGGACUGGUUUACGCCGGAGUAGUGAAGCCAUCAUCACCGCCGGAGAAGAUAGCCGGAAAAGAAGCUAACGUCGCCGGACUGCAGGACUUCGAAACCACGCACACCGGGGAAGGAGCGGACGCCGACUGCAUCACCGCCUAUUACAACCUGCACUCUGCCACUCUCGUUGGAAAGAAGGCAGCUUGGAGGGAUGGAGUAGGGAUCUGUUCGCCGGCCUAGUAUUCAUUGACGUUGAAGACGACGGAGUAAUAAGACCGGAAUUGAGGAAGGGAAUUAGGAUCAUCAGGACCUACUGUAAGUUUCUCUGCCAAUCUAAAAUCGUUUCCUCGUAUUAUAUAUGUACUAUGUGAUACGUGAUUUUAGUGUGACUUAUGAUGUAUAUGCAUGUGAUUUUGAAGUUGUUCGAUCUGUGAUAUUUGAGAAGUGAAACUAAGUGUGUUUGGGUAUUAAAUAUUUUAUUUAAACAUUUUCGAGGCAGUUUGAGAAAAUGAGGAAUAUUUUGAGAUAUAUUAAUUCAAGAUAAAAGAAUGAUUUCAUAAAGAGGUAGGCACCUCGGGAGUAAUCCGAGGUGUCGGUUUUCCACGUCCCUUAAAAUGUGGAGAGUGAUUAGGGCUACUACUAAGAAGAGAUUUUUGAGUAACUUUUGGAUCUAUGUUCCCUUUUAAGAAGGAGUGUAGGGUAGCAGUUCCGACGUAAAAAGGCUGCUACUACUAAGGGUAAGGAUAAGUUUGAGUGACAGUUGGAUCGAUGAUCCCUUUUAAGAAGCAGAGUUGUAGUAGUAGUCCCUAAUCAUUCAGAGAUAUCUUAUUCAGGGGUAGUUGGGUUUCGACUAUUCGUGACGACUUACUCCUCGGAGGGCUUGGAAUCCCUUUUAGGGGGUGUGCACACUUAAGGUAGUCGUUUCGUUUCCACAAGAGCGUUGUGGUACCGGCAUUGAUCGAGAUGGCCGAAAGGUUGAGCACCGCUCUUCUAAAUUACUAGGAAGUUAGAGAAGAAGAUUUUUUUUUAGAAGUUCAAAGAGAAGAGUUACUAUAAUAUUUUCGAAGAAAAGUUGAGGAUUUUAGUAAAGAAGUGAUUUUGAGAAAAAUCAAAGAGAAGAAUUUUGGUGUUGUGUGUUAUUUUUAUAUAGUAUUAUAUGAAAAAACUAUUUUCGCCAAACCUGAUUAUUUUACGGGGUUGGGUAGUACUUACUUAGCUCUAAAGCUAAUUUUUGUUAUUUUUCUUGUCCCUCUCUUCUCCCUUAAUUUUUAGCAGGUGAUGAGUUGGAAGCUUAUGUUGAUUGAUCGAUUGCUCGAGCCUGAGAGCGACUUAGAAGAUGACUUAGUCAAAUCUAGUCGUGAAAUAAACAUUUACUUAUUAUUACAUUAGUUUUUGUUGUUUUGCUUUGAGUUGCCUGUGCAUUCGGUUAAGAGAUGACCGAAUGUGGUGGUAACACCCAUUUCCCUAUUAAGGCUUUCGCUAUAUCUCUC